AUGUCAACGCCUCCUAAUGAGCGUGAAAACGAUCAACUGCCUUCCAUCCCUGGUUGCGAUACCAUCAUUGACUUAGCAACGUUAAGUAAAGAAGAACUGGAAAAAAGAGUGCUGAAACUCAUACAAGUGCUAUUCCCAGAAUGGGCUCAUGACGUUAAAACCCUCCAUUUAACCCGAAUUAGUGGUGCCAUGACGAAUGCAGUGUUUUUUGUCAAUAUUCCGAACGAAGACAAACUUGUCCUGAGAGUUUAUGGCGUAGGAGUGGAACAAAUUAUUGACAGAGAAAACGAACUCGCUUGGCUUGCACGACUCUCUAAUGUCGGUAUUGGUGCCCGCCUUUUAGGUGUAUUCGGUAAUGGUCGAUUUGAAGAAUAUUUACCCUCUCGUACAUUAAACCAUCAUGAUAUACGUGAUCCAAGGACCUCAGAGGGGAUUGCAGCAUGCCUACGUGAAUUACAUGAUAUCGUCACAAUAUAUCCUUUUGACUCAACUAAACACCAUUUGGAAUGUUGGAAGAAUAUUGAUAAAUGGUAUGGUGUGGUAAUGAGUCUGUUUCCAGCGCUGAUGAAGAAAAACGCGGAAUGGUUUAAAGUGUUAUCCGUCUAUAAUUUAGAACGCUUGAAAUUGGAAAUUGAAGAAUGCAAAAAGAUAUUGAGCAUGACAGAUUCGCCUAUCGUCUUUGCACAUAACGAUACACAAUAUGGUAAUGUUUUAAAGUUGGAAAAAACUGGCGAAUUGGUGGUUGUUGAUUUCGAAUAUGCAGGUUACAACCCUCGUGCACAUGACUUAGCCAACCAUUUUUGCGAAUGGACGUACGAUUACCAUUCAGAACUACCUGCUGUGAUGAAUAUGAGUCGAUUUCCUACUUACGAGGAGCAAGUUCAUUUUUUAAAAGCAUACCUUGAUGCACCAUCAAAACAUACCAAUCGAGACGUCGUCAACUAUGCAAUUACGCCGGAAGAUUUGCAAAAAGAGGUGGCCAAAUGGGUAAUGGCCAUUCAUGUUGGUUGGGGUUUGUGGGGCUUAAUACAAGCGUACAAUAGUGAAAUUGAUUUUGAUUACUUCUUAUUCUCGAUGCAACGAUUAAAUGCCUUCCGUGAAGAGCUUGUCAAGUGGAAAAAAUAG